GUACUCUGUGCUUGUGAUGUCAGCCGCUGCCAACUGCAACGUGAUUUCAUUAUUUUUGUUUAUCUUUCGCGGCCUCUGAAAGUUCCAAAAUGACGACUAUUUUCUAUGUGGAUCCAGAAUUAGUCAUUGCCCUAAAUAAGAAAGUAAUCUUUGUAAAUCCUAAUGAUUUGCAAAUUUUUAAGGAAAUUCUUCUGCCCGAGGACUUGACGAAAUGCGGUUUAACAGAAGGCGCUGGCGAGGAUCAAGAUCAGGAUGACGAGAAGACCAAGCAAAAUAAAACUAAGGAAAUGCCCACCAUACAACAUGUGAAAAUGUCACCAAAUCGCCAAUUACUGGCGUUGACCACAGCUGGUCAAAAAGCAGUACUGCUGUAUACCUUGAGACCUGAGCAUGCGAAAUUAGUAAGUGUGAGAGGUUUGGCAAGGGCUUCCAGUGCUUUAACAUUUAGCAAGGAUUCCAAACGUUUAUUGGUAAGCGAUAAAACUGGUGAUUGCUAUGAAUACAGUUGUGAGGACUAUGUGGCGGCACCCAAGUUACUUUUGGGCCAUUUGAGUAUUGUCUAUGACAUUUUGUGGUCCCCAGCUGAAAAGUACAUAAUAACUUGUGAUAGAGAUGAUAAAAUACGAGUUACCAACUAUCCCCAAACUGUUGACAUACACACCUACUGUUUGGGUCAUAAGGAGUUUGUGGCUGCCAUGGAGUUGCUGAAUGAAAAUGUUCUAAUGUCUAUAUCCGGUGAUAAAACUUUAAAAUUAUGGGACUUUGAGAAAGGUGAAGAACUGCGAAGCAUAAAUUUACCUGCACCGGGUAUCAAGAUGACGGUUAAAACGAAAGCACCAGGGAAGUACGAAGUAUCUGUACUCUUACAUCAACCCAACGAAUGUGUCGUGCAAUAUGAGAUAAGCCAUGAUCAGGAAGGUGUAUGGAGUUUCUCAUCCGGAGAUGUACUAAGUUUUCCUGAUGUCAUCUGUUGUGGCCUCACAUAUGCCGAAGAACGUCUGUAUGUUGUGGGAGUUGUAGAUGAUCAUUUGACCCUAAGGCUUACUGCAAAUAGUCCAGCUGCCCCAGAAAAUUGGCUGAAUAUGGUUGAAGAACAGUUUAAAGAAUUAACUUGGACACCAGAGGAUAUUUCUUCAUGGUUUAAAAAGAAAUUCGAUAAUGUCAGCGAGUAUUUGGAGCGCAAGAAAAGACGCAUCGAAGAAAAACAAAAGUGAGAACAUUGAAGGGAACAUUUUGAAUAUUAAUAUUAAUUAUAAGAAAAAGCGAUUUUAUAUAAUUGUUUUCUUUUUUUUUUAAUUUUUAAUGUGUAAAAAUAAUAAAUGAGGCAUUUUAAAUUUAAA